CCAUUUUACACUACCUUCAAAUAUAUUGUGAAUGAAUACUAAAAACCAAAAUUAAUAUCUGUAUCAGUGGGAGGAGUCAAAAAUUAUACAAUACUAUUUGGUUUGCAUCUUAACCUGAAACAAACAUAUACAGUAGGUGAUUUUGGCGAAAAAGUGAGAACAAAAAAGCACGUUUUAGGUUUAUAAAAGAAAGGAGAAAAUGAAUUUGUUCGCCAGUUUAGUUAUCUUUAUGAUUAUCACACUACAUAUUAAAGGAUUUUCAAAUGCCAACAUCAAAGCUGCUAGAGGCAAAAAUUCCUUAACACUCAGCUGCACUUUUUCACCUUUUGUUAACCAUGCAUCCUGGUGGACAACGGAUUUCCUUACGUCAUGUACAAGCACAUAUUGUUCAAACCCGACGCUUGGUGCCUAUACAUUUACCUCCAGUUCAAAAGGAAUAUAUGUUACAAUAAGUCCAUUUGGUGAAAAAGAAAUCGGCAUUGUUUGGACCUGUAAAAGUCCCUCUUCUGGUUCUGCAACAUACCAAAUGACCCAAGUUUCAUCUGCAGAUCUGCCAGUGGCUCUAUGGAUGGGUAAAGACCUUUGCUCUCAAAUACCAUUUAUAUUGGUAUUCAGUAUCACUAUAAAUCUCUUGAUAUGACACACAUCAUGACAAUUCAUUAUAGUGCAAAGUCUAUUCUGGAUAAAAAAAAAAAUAUAUUCAUGACAUGUAUAUCAUCAGUAUUAUCGACGAUUUGCAAUUUGUUCAUUGAUUAUGCUGUCUACAAUUUGUUAAGAUCAUGGACAUAUUCAAAAAUAUCAUACAAUGACGUCAUCUAAAGCACCAGCGAGAUCACUAUUCGUGUUCAUCAGCGUCAAUUUAUCAGUGAAGUGCACAAGACAUUUUUCAUCCAACUGAACACAUAUUGCAAUUAAUUGUAAAAGUCAAAAAAGUGUUUUUAUCCGAUUUCAUAUUAUAAUAUAUUCUUAACCGGAUAAAAUUUCUUUUAACACAGAGUGCGAUGAUAAAAAUAACGUUAUUCUUGCACUUUGUACUAAAGUCAAUAUUAAAAGUGCCAUUAUUCCAUGCGUAAUAAAAGUAUGCGCCUACUUUUUUUACUUUCUGUAAUAUGUAUAUUUGUAUGAAACCCCUUAAUAGACACUAAGACAGAAAAACACAAUAAUAAUGCAUUUAGCAAUCAAACACUACAAAACGGAUGACUUGUUGGCACUACUAAAACCCGACAAAAACAAAAACAAAAGAAUGUCAUACAAUUUUUUUUUAUCAAGGUGGGAUUUUUAAGAUAAUUUAAUAUAAAAAAUAAAUUAAUUUGGAUUAAUGAUGUUAAAAAUUUAAUGUAAACAUUUUUUUUUAAUAGAAUUAAUAGAAAGAAUUAAAGUGUUGAACAAGUCGCGAUGAACUUUGUUAGGAAAGCAGUUUAUAUACUUCUUACAUAUAUUAAACAUUCAUUCAUUUAUAGAGAGAUGGAAAACAAAGUUAUAGACUAGAGAAUAUAAUAUAUUAUUGUAAAAGACCAUUUUCUAUAAAAUCAAUUACAUCAUUUGAAUCUACAUGUAUCAACAAACAAUAAGUAUGUACAAAACAAAAUGAUAAUUUUCAUUUGAUUGAUUUAAUCAAAUAUACAAUCAAUUUUAUCAUUGUUUAUUGCAAUAUGUGAUUAGUACGUUUUUUGUCUCUUCAUAUAUAUAUUUAUAUAC